AUGCUUACGCCAACUAUUGCCGUAAAGACUAGCUUUCUCUACGCUGCCGGGAACACGCCAGCGACCAGUCUGACCAGAUCAGUACCACCAGGCCAGGACGCAUCUGUGCUGUCGCUUGGCUGCGGUGAUGUGCGCAAUAUUCUUUACACAACAUACCUGGAGAAAGGCUUGCGUGAGCACAUGCCAACCCUUUCUAAUGACUUGAAACUAAUCGGAUCAGCCCAGAGAAAAAUUGACUUCACUUGCUGCGAUGUCGUCGAAAAGAUUCUUGCUCGCAAUGCUUUCUUCUUGAUAUUCCUGCUUGAUGAGGACUGCGAGCUGAGUGAUGAGCAGCUUUGGAAUGUCUACUACCAUCUUUUUGUGGACGAAGAGACUGCCAAGAUUGUAUUAGCUACUGCCACUAAGCUGCUGAACGUUUCCAAAUCUCUUGAGGAAUGGAGCAGCAGUUCAUGGGGAAAAUCCAUCCGAUUCUGCGAUGCUGAUACUCUAUCAGAUGUCCGUCGUGCUUGGAUGUCAAUCAAAGCUGCGGCAUCCAAGUGUCAAUCUGACAGCUAUAUGGAGACGUUUCAGCAGAACAUCCAACCAUCUAAGGACAUACACGAACAAAAGCUUGGUGAAGGGCACAUCAACUUGACAGCUAUGCGUUCCGCAGCGCCACUCUCCAUACAAGCAGGAGCAAAGAUCGGGGAUGUAUCCGCUCAAUAUUGGAAAAAUGGUACAGUUACACCUCGCCAAGCCAAGGAUAAGCUGCCAAACCCGCUCCUUGCAAGCCUUCUCUCCGAGAACGACAUUCUACACUACGCUAGUGAUCCAGUCCUAGGCUUUCAUCUUGCCACGGCCUAUGCUGCUCUUCUCGAAGGCUCUCCACUUGAGCCCAAGAUCAGAGGAAAAGAAUUUGUAGCCUCAGCUGCUGCGAAGGCCCAGUUCAAUGGAUGGAUCUCUGCUUUCAAGUCGCUGAAGAGCAAUAUUGUCAUUCGCUUCGCCGUUGCGGAUGCUUUGACGCUCUGUCACAGUUUACAGGCGGCGCAUACAACAGGGAAGCCAGCCAAACUAUACCGGCGAACUUGGGACCCACGACCGUUGGUCUUGGAUCCGAAGGAAUAUGGAAAGGGUGGUUCAGGACCAUCGGUGUUCGAUAUGAUCGAUACCUCAAACCUUUGUGAUCACAUCGGGGCUCUCAACAUUCUCUUCGCAGCAGGGCCUCUUCUCAAAGACGAGCCGUGGGCGUCCCUUUUCACAGAAUUGCUCAUCAGACCCGAGGGUGAUCAGAAGAAUGCUCUAGACAAGAUUCUCUCUGGACAUGCACCGACCAUCUCACUUCUGCUUGGUCUCAGUCCUGUGCAGUACUGGACUAAUGCCAAGGUUGAGUCCCAUGUUGACGAGAUUUUUAUUGGACUCAUGAAUGAAGCAAAAGGAGAAACGCAAACGCGAAACCGACUGGCUUGGAAGCGAGAUAACCAAUUUUCAGGUCAGGCUCGCCACGGAAAGCUGCAUAUAGACUCAAAGCAGCUCAUCAAAUUACUUUCGCCACUCUAUGACUACAUGUUUGAAGCUGAGAACAUAUCAAAGUCAGGUGUGGGACAGAGGUCAAACACGUAUGGCCACUUUAUCCGUACAAGCUUUGCUACCAUGCUCAAGAUUGUCAUGGCCCGGGUUGCAACCGACUGGCCAUCCAUGUGCUCAGCUCUCAUUGACUCCAUUGCUCAAGACCAUCGCUUUUUGAUGGCUAGCAAUGGCAUGCAAGACCUGUGCCUUCAGCUUCACCUUCUUGGUGUCAACACCGAACCAUGGAUUAUCCAGGAGAGCAGAAGCCUUCCCCAAAAUGGAGCCUUCAAUCGCUGGAAAUCCCUGCCACCAGCAGUCGCUGUCACGGUAGUUGUACCCAGACCGGCCAUUGCUCGAUUGUAUAAACAUCAGAACAACCCUCUUGGGCUUGCAUCACCGCCACUUGCCGGAUCGGUGAGAUCUAGCCACAACGCCACGGAGGGAUGGCAGAAUAUAUUUGGAGAUAUCCAAAUUUCCUUUGGUAAUGUUAAAACCAACAGGAUGUCUGACGAGGACGAGUUUGAAGUGGUUAUUGAAAGAGAUCGGGAUGGAUGGGCCGGAGACUCUCCUCUCAUAGCAUCUUUCUACGUGCCCACUUCGACCCUACAAAACGAGCCCAACUCAGCAUUGGUUGGACUUUGUGUUCCACCUACGGGGCAGAACUCCUUGGUUUAUGGUCCCAUUCUGGGAUUGACCAUGACCGUCUUUGAAACGCGCACUGAUAACAAGGCGAGCGUAUUCGUGACAAAGCAUUUACCCGGCCAGGAUGGUUAUCCUGCUGUAUGUAGUGCUGUUAAGUCUCUCGAGAAUGUGGUCAACCAGGGCCAGGAUGACAAGACCACUAAGAUUCUACUCGAGAUAUCGCCCUCUGAGUCUGUCAUCUCUACCCUUACGGGACACUUGGAUAUUACUUCGAAGAGAGCCAAGGGGUUCCUCAAGGAUAAGGUCCCGAUCGAUUUUCGUCAGACGAGCCCCUUCGUCAUCGAUAUUGUUUUCGGCAAGCAUGAUCUUGUUUGCCCUCUAAACUUCCCGGUGCCUGUCACCACCGAUGGAAUGAAAUCUCGAGUUGCUAGAACGACAGGCUACAUCGAAUUGAUAGUGCCACUGGCGCAACCUGGUUCUUCUCCUAUACUGCUGGAUUUUGCAUACCCUUCAGCAAUCUCUUCGUCUGGUGUUCCGGCUUCUCUCAACAUGCCGCACCUGAAUCUCGAUAACCUCCCGGUCAUUGAUUUGGAAAACAAGGACCGAAACCGAUGGAUGACAACGUUGACAUCAAUGCAGUUUUCAGCCCGAGAAAAAUAUCUACGUACUGUGCGCGGCGAAAGCGGAAUCUCUCAUGACCCGAUGGUCAACUUCAAGGAAUCUGUGUUUACCAUGUUUAUGAUUGCCACCGGCUUACAGGCUGGCCAGACCGGUUUGUUUGCAAUCAACCAUCCGAAGCGAGGCGGUAUUCACAUGCUUGUUUUCGUCUCCGCCAUACGGAUUGAUGGAGAUGCCGCAUCUGUUGUUAUUGAUGCAGCUAUUAUCCCGUUCACGAUGGAUCUUGUUACAUCGGGCCGGAUGGAAUCCUUCCUUCUGAUUCUCCGUGAACUUGAAUGUGGAAGUAUAGACGUCGAUGAUGCAGAAUUAUGCCUUUGGAAGAAGGCUCUCCCAUCAAUGGUUGAGCGGUGCCGUACCUGGUCUCACGGCAAAAGUUGCGAGUACAAGAGAAAGGGGGCAACUAUUCCACUGAGUCUCAAAGAUGGUGAACAGGUUCUGUGCUCGUGUGGUAACGGAAUUCUACCAGACAACUUCUUGUCUCUCCCUGAGUGGGAAAACGCAGCGCCAAAUGCAAUCCGUAUUGCAAUCAGCCCGACCUAUGCAAUUCCGUUCAACGAAGAAGUCGUUGACCCUGCCGACAUUCCCAAGAUGCGGAGCCCAGUGACUCGGGUAGAAAGAUGUCGAAGCUGCGGGAAACCAGAGGACCAGGCUAUAGUUACUUUGAAGAAGUGUUCACGUUGUCAAAGGGUGAAAUAUUGCUCGGGGGAGUGUCAGAAGCGAGAUUGGAAAAAGCAUAGAGCGGAGUGUGACUAG